UCUUAAAUUGAAACAUAAAAAAAAAAACAAAUAAUACGUUCUGAGGUAAAAAAUAUUGAUUUACACUCUUAAAUAUGUGACGAUUGAUCUGUAGUCUAAAAACACGUAGUGUGCGUCAGACAAUGGUCGCAAAAAAGUAGAAGAAACGUUUUUGUAAUGAAAGUCCAUCGUUAAAAAAGUAGAUAAACAAGAUUCUCUGUUAAUAGAAAAAUGAGAACGGUAUUUUUUGUAAUGACAACGUUAUGCAUGGCAACUAGUACUUGCAUCCUACCAUCGCCGUUGACGUUGCAAUUAAUCCUGGAAUUUUCUAAACGGAGGUCUUGGGAUCAAAUAGUGCUCUUUGAAAAUUUAAAUUCUCUAGAUUGUGUGUUCGCUUAUACGAGACCUCUGAUAUCGUGUCUCGCCGAAAGAGGAAUCAGCGUGUCAGUUCAGUCAGCCAUCAAUCCCAACAUACCUGAUGCUCUUAUGAUCCAAAAGCAUCGAAUUGGAUCGAUCGUCCUGCUGGACGGGCUGAAUCUCACAUCACCUGAGAAUGUUCUGCACGUGGCUUCUCAAAAAUAUCUGUUCAAUUAUUACGUUUCCUGGUUGAUGAUAACCGUAAAAAACACCGACUCGACCAUCGACAACGUUUUACGUCAUUUGAAUAUUGGCAUCGACAGUGACGUCAUUGUCGCAACGUCUUCCCUGUCGCAUGCUGCGAUUCAGAAAUUAUCGCGGACUUACUGGAACAGGACUAAUUUUGCCAGGACCUGUAUCCAUCUGCGACAUUAUACGGACCGCUUCGAGUUUCGAGAACCUCCCCUGAAGAGGAUGGACGAGAACGGAUCGAUUAACUUGAACUACGCCGUUAUAGAGAACAGGACGGUGGUCUUCUACUUUGUCCACGUUUACAAGAUCCGAUAUACCGACAACACGAGCCUAGUGACCAAUUUCCUGGGUUCUUGGAAUCCAGAUUCUUGGACGCUUCAGAACCCGAUCAGUGUCAAGCUCCGAAACGACUUCAACGGACUUCCGAUCGUUUUUGGUGUAUUGAACGGAACGAUCGAUGGGGAAAUGGACGUCACGGAUCAGGUGGAGGCGAACGAUAUCGCGCCGCUUCUCGAUUUCGCUAAAUUCGUAACGAGCAGCGUAAACGCAAGCAUAGAGUUGGUGCCACAUGAAAAACUCGGCACCUUGAACAAUAAAGUUUGGAAUAAUCUCCUCGGUGACGUUGUCGCUGGAACUGUUGACAUAGGCCUGGGAUAUAUAACCGUGAACGAAGAACGACAGGCCGAAAUGUCGUUCAGCCAUCCUCUAAUUCGUUACAUGAGAAAUAUUUAUUAUCACCCACUGGAAAGCGGUACCAUGAGAGAUAUAUUUCGCCAGCCUUUCAACAAUUGCCUUUUAGGAUGCGUCGCGGUUACGUAUUUUGCGAUACUGAUCGCGAUGGGGAUGAUCAUUUACGCUGCAAAGACCGUUCUGCAUCACGAAGAUGAAAAACGGGCUGGAAUAGGGGAGGCAGCCCUGUGGUGUAUCAGCAUAAUGUGCAUGCAAGGUUUAAUUUUCCACGGUUAUGUCGCUCGGACGAUUUUAUUUAUUCGAAUUAAAUUGAAACUUAACGCAGGUUCGCCGUGGACACCGCGCAGCCCGUCGGGAAAAACGGUAUUAUUGUUCAGCCUAAUGUUUGCUCUGGUAAUGUACAACGCGUACGCUGGAUUCAUUACCUCUAUACUAUCGGUUCAAGCAAGCGGCAUCAAAUCUAUCGCUGACCUUUUGUCGCACAAUUUCAAAUUGGGAUACAGCAUCACGGAUGACGAAUACAUUCGAAACGUGAACGACAGCAAUCUUCGCGAGCUUUACAUAAGAGCAUUCAACAAUCGCGAGUCCCGAUUAGACACGACUUCCGGUCUCACGAAGGCGGUGCAAGGACAAUACGGAUUUUUUGUCAGCGCCACCCUUGCCCGACGCGUUCUCAGGACGACGUUAAUUCAAGAGCGAUGUACCUUGAAGGAACUAUCCCUUCCCCAAACCUUCACGAUGGUGGCACUACCGAUGGCCAACUCUUGUCCCUACAAGAAAAUUAUUAAUCUCAACAUUCUGAGGAUACGAGAACGAGGAGUCCUGAACAGGAUAACAGAGCAAAUGCUGCCAGAAAUGCCGCAAUGCAAAUCACCGACUACCUUCCACAGCGCCAGAUUAGCAGACGUUUAUUCCGCCUUCUUCAUUUUGAUCGCGGGAGGAUUGACAGCCAUUUCGAUCUGGAUCGCCGAAAGGAUCUGGAACAAGAGGCGACAAAUGAAGAAUACCAUCGUGCGAGGAAUACGUCAGAGUCACCUGAUGCCCAGUUUGUCCAAUCUAUCUCAUUUUCCGCGUUUCCAUCCGUUUUCUCAGUUUCCUCAUUUGCAUUUAUAUCCUCGUCGCGGCAAACAGCACGAUCUCUGCACGAAUCGCGCAACGCGAUUCGAUUCGACGAAGAAUAACGUAAUGGAUUCUUCCACUGUCACGCAGGAUAUACGACCGGGGAAAUCGAUACCGCCCGUCGGGGCAAAAGAGGACGAUAGGGCGGAAAAUUCGGGCGAGGAAAUCGAUCGACCCCGUUUCGAGCCGAGAUUCUAUAAGACAACACGGGCCAGCAUCAACGGCGUAAGCUUCUCCAUUCUGUCGACGAAGAAACACCAUAACACCCAGAAGGACGACAGACCUACAGACAAUACGGUUUUCCCGUUUCAUCAAUGAAGUUUUUUUUUUUUUUUUUUUUUUUUAAUAAGAAGGACCUCCGAUUUGUAUUUUGUCUUUUUUAUUUUGGAGCUGAAACUUUAGCCUAGACAACCAGUAAUUUUGAACGAAUCGUGAACUAAUUAACCGUGAAAAUGUAUUACGUCGUCGUUAAGUAAAUUCUGUUACCAGCGACUAAAAAGUGACUAACAUCAAUCUUAGUCGUAUUAAAAACUAGGUGUGGGUCUAUGUACGUGUGCACAAUAAUCGUAUGAUCUGUCACAAAAAAAAACACGGCGAACUUUGUACUCUGUUAAAACGUAACAUGCACGAAGACUCUUUGUCUUGUCAAUAGACGACGGUUAAAGAUACACCGGAGCUUGUAUGUUUAAAACAGAAUGGAAGAAUGUCUUUGAUUAAACCAAGGAGAUAAAGAAUUAGUGGUAACAUGAAGUGUAAACGUGAUUUAAUCAUAUAAAGUCAUAUGGACGCGUACUAAUUUUACGAUGUUUUUUUAUCAUUUUUUUAUGCUGCUUAUAUCCCGAUGAACGUUAUUAAAAUAAUGACCAAUUACUCAUUUCUGUAAUUACCGCUGUUAAAAAAAUACUCAACCUUGAAAAUAGUAGAAAUGUAUAUUUCCGAAAUUGUUAUCAUUUAUUACAAGUUGCUUAUAGUAAAUUCAUAUGCAUGAAAGAAGAUAAGAAACACGAAAUAAAUUCUUAAUAAAUUUUGCAGUUUCUGUGUUGGAAUAAAGGUGCACAAAAUAUGUAAAGAGCUAUCAAAUAUCUCGAACGAUAUAAAAAUCUCAUUUUCCGUAUGUGGCGGUGAUUUUUACUUUGGCGUUGUACGUUUUGAAAGGGGACUCGUAUUUAUUUAUGUCGUUCAUGUUUCUGCAGUCUCGUAACGUUCCAACCAAGCUUCUGCGAAUCACCGAAAUUAGAACAAAGUGUCGAAGAACAUAUCUCGUUUCUCUUCCUACCUACACAUGACGUUCGACAGGUUGGGAAACUUUUCGUCGUCCUCGCACCAUUCCUGCCAUUGCUCGAAAAGUUGCACCUCGCCGAUCUCGCCGAGAUAAUAGUGGCAUAGGUCUCUCAAUCUGAAGAGAUAUCAAACUUAAUAAGAGGAAAAUGCGAAGUGCGUAUCGGUAGCUAUCGCCAUCGUACUGACUUCUUUCCCCACAGUCCAUCCGCGGAUGUGGCCACCAAAAUGGAGCCAGGUAACCUAUCAGAGAUGAACCUUAUUCCAUCGACUUCUCGAAGACUGUAACUGUGAAGAUAUGCCAGUAUUAGAAUGAACUGAAGCUUAAACGGUGUUUCGGCUUACUAUUCGAAGGAGUUGUUGCAAAUGGUUCGUAAAAGAAGUUCGAUUUCCGUAUCGUUGUAACACGCGCCCGGCGUCAUCAUCUCGUAAACGUCCAAGAGGGUUUGGUUAAUCUGAGAUAAAAUUGAACAGUAGUUGCUUCACAUUACAUUCAUUUUGUAAAUCGUUUCGGUCUGAUGUAACGAAUAUAAGAUAAAUAAAUCUUUGCGUGUCUCUGUUAGCUGUAAUCUUUCGUUACUGCGCAUAACAUGUAUUUCGUUACAUAAUCAAAUAUUUUCUGACCCGAUGUUUAUUAUUUUUAUCGCUAUUCGAGAAGUAAAAUGUACCAGAUACAAUGUUGUUUAGAAAUAAUUGAAAUUUUCACAAGGAACAUUUCAACAACCUUGUCAGCAAUGGCG